AAGAGGAAAGGGGAGUAGGAGGAAAUCACAACCUAAAGCAACCCACCUCUUUCUCUCCCGAUAGACCUGAGUGCCUGAUCCCAGAUUCCGCCCCCUGCCUCCCCUCUCCCCCCAACACGGGGAGCAUCUGCGCUCUGCCAGGAAAGCCUGACACAGGGGCUGAUUGUUCAGCAGAGCAAGGAGAGUGGGGGAAAGGGGGACAGUGCAGGGACUCCAACAUUUACCCAAUUCUCUCUGCCCAAAGGGAUAUUACAGUUGCCAGUGCCCCAGAGGAAUGGGGGAGUGAGUUGCACAAGGUAGCGAGAGACCUCUCCUCGACGUCAUGCAGUCCUUUCGAGAGCAAAGCAGUUAUGGCAGCCAGCAGACUUAUCCUCCGGAAGCUCAUGGCCCCUCCAGGCUGGAAGAGUUUAGCCCAAGACAGCAGGCUCAGAUAUUCCAGGGAAACUAUGGAGGACGUCGAGGAGGGUCGAGCACUCCUGCCACAAUUCCAGCUGGAGAAACUUCAAGUAUUCAGAGCUACCAGUCUUACAGAAAAGAAUCUGGGGAUUUUUAUUAUUUGGGUAACAAAGAAGGAGGUACACCUGCAAGCCAGACACCACAGCGGAGGCCAUCAGGGCCAGUGCAAAGCUAUGGACCUCCUCAAGCAAACAGCAGCAGUGGUACAAACUUUGGCACACCCUAUGGAAGGGAGGGGCAUCACAGCCAAUUUGCGAACCAGCAUUCAGCAGCAGGCAAUCUCUCCCAGUACUCGCAGGACUUUCCAAGUUCGUUUUCUCCUGGUGGUAGUCAGUACCCUUCUCAUGUCACUAGCCAGCAGUUGAGGCAGCAGCUUUAUCAAUCACACCAAUCCCUGUCCCAGUCUGGGAACCCACCAACAUCUGCAGGUGCCUCACAUCUACAGCAGAUACAGCGAUCUACUGCACUCAACUCCCCUGCUGGAUACCAGUUAAGAAUGGGGCAGUAUGGUCAACACUACCAGCCUUCUCCUGGCUCUUCUUCUAGUUCUUUUCCUUCUUCUCAGAGGUUUGGACAGACUGGUCCAAACUAUGAGGGUUACAGUCCAGGAGGGGCUAGCUCUACAUAUGAGAGCCAUAUGCCAGGGUCAUCAUAUGGAACACAGCAAGGGUUUAGCAGUUAUGCCAGUCAGCACAUGAAAAGCUUUGAGACAUCUAAAUUGCCACAGAAUGUAGGGCAGGGACAGUCACAACAACAGCAACAGACUUCUCAUGUCAUGCAGUACUCCAAUUCUUCUAAACUACCCCUACAAAGCCAAACAGGACAAUACAGUCAGUCUGAAGUCCCAGUACGCUCUCCUAUGCAGUUCCAACAAAAUUUCAGUCCAAUCUCAAAUCCUUCCCCUGCAGCCUCAGUUGUACAGUCCCCAAGCUGUAGCUCCACUCCCUCACCUUUGAUGACAAGUGGAGAAAACCUCACAUGUGGGCAGGGUAAUGUGCCUCUGUCAUCCAGAAACCGUAUUUUGCAGAUGAUGCCACAGCUAAGCCCUACACCUCACGGGGGAGGCUUUAAAGGGUUUGGUGUUGAAGGUCCUCCUGACAAACGACUGACUGACCCAGGUCUAAGCAGCCUUAGUGCUCUAAGCAGUCAGGUUGCAAACCUGCCCAACACAGUUCAGCAUAUGCUGCUUUCGGAUGCUCUGGCACCUAACAAGAAAAGUGGGAAGCGAACAUCUAGAAAGGCUGAUAGCUGUGCCAACUCAGAAACCUCUUCCCAAGCUGAAGAACAGCUGAAAUCUCCAAUGGCAGAGUCACUAGAUGGCAGCUGUUCCAGCAGUUCAGGGGAUCCUGGUGAAAGGGUAAGGCAACUUAGCGGGCAAAGCACAAGCUCUGAAGCUGGUUACAAGGGAACUUCUUCUGAAAAGCCAGCUUCUCCUACACAGGGUUGGUCAACUGAGCUUUCUGAAAAAACACAAGCGGAAGAAGUGGAAACUGUUCCAGAAGCCACAGAGACUUUUCAGGAAGUGUCCAAGGUCAGUGAGAAAUCUGUGGGUGUCAUAGUAGCAAUGGAGACUGUAGCCACCAGGUCAGAGAAAGUCACAGAAGAAUCUUCAACACUAGAUAAUGAUGAAGUUGAAACGUCAUCACAGCCAGAGGUGCCUGAAACAGUUAAAGAUGAUGAUAAUGUCAAGGAAUGCCCCCCUGACCAGAAUGGAGAACCUAGUGAUGCCGAUUCUCAGCCUGUUCCUAUUACAAGUAGUACUUCUAGAACAGAGGCUAAAUCUCCUGUGGGCUCUGGGUUUAGUUUUAAAGAAGGAGCAACAAGCUCUAGAAAUGCCAGCAACUUGCCUCAGCAUCUUAAAACUCCUGAUUCAGCAGGGUGUGGAGGACAGGGUGAUAAGAAAUCAGGAACAGGAAGAAAUGAUAAGUAUCCUAGCCUCCUUCAGGAAGUCCUGCAAGGACAUCAUCAGCAGGAACGAAGGUAUGCUAGAAACACCCAAGACCCUCCACCAGUUACUGGAAGUUCUGAAGCAAGUUUGAGACCAAAUAUACUCAUGAGCCAGGCAAGUGAGUUACCUAACCGUAACAUCCUUGGCAAGACACUUGCUCCACAUUUAGAAACGCCUAACUGGGGCCCAUGGGAUAGAAAGUCAGCUCCUGAUGUUAAACCAUUGAAUGUAACAGAUUAUUCUGCAAGAAAAUUUGAGGUGGACCCUCCAGCCUCCUCUCAGGAAUCUAGUGGCAUCCCUUCAGAAAGACGGUCUGUAAUAUGUGAUAUCUCUCCACUGAGGCAGCUUGUUCGAGAUCCUACUGCUUCUCAUCAUGUUGGACAAGAAAGAUCAGCUGAUGGAAGAUCUGGACAGUCUGUAAUCUUACCUAGUGGAAUGAUAUCUUUAGAUGCAAAGUCAAGUAACCAGGGAGGAACGCCUAAAGAACAAGACACUGAAGCAACAAAGAUGCAUAGAAAAAGAACUACAGAUCACUGCAUACCAUACAGCACCAAAGAAUCUGCUAGGGGCAAUGGCAGCCCAAGAUCCAUGACCUUUGACCCAACCCAGGAUUAUAGUCCACAUAAUAGUAGAGGACCUCAUCCCAGAAGGGGAACUGCCAGAGUGGGGGCCCGUGGUAGAUCACCUGUACAGGAUCUUGGUGACAAAAUGAAGAUGUCUCCAGGGAGAAGCAGAGGACCAGCAGAAACUCAUCAUAUGAAUCCAACAAUGAGCCUCUCAGAAAGAGCAAGCAGAGAAGCUUUUUACUCUGCUUUUUUUCAAAAUGCUGAUAAUGCUGCUUUGAGUUAUCAUUCAAACUCUAGAGCAAGCUCCUAUGGAGAGCCUCACCCAACGUUUACAUCUCCUCUUCAUUAUAAGAGACCAGUGUACCAGCAGGAGGAAUUUAAAGAAUGGCUGGGAAGCUCUAUACUUUCUGCAUCACAGCAUCGUCAAGAAAUGCAGCGUAAAAGCCCAAGGCAGGAGCAGUUUCAUGUCCGUAGUCCAGGAAGGGUUGAGAAUGAGGUAAUGGUUUACAACCAGCCAGGUGCAUAUCAUGAUUCUAGCAGUCUAGAAUAUGGACGCCAGCUGCGUGUUGGUGAGGGAGGACCCACCAAUUUGACAGCAUUGGAGCUUAAAAGAAAUGCUCAAAAAACACCUCCAGUGGACUCUACUAACUGGAAUUUGGGCCGUCAGACUUCUCCUGUCAAAAAACUUGGGUCCCCUGUAGGGACAAACCAAAAACCCUUUAGUUCUGGUAGGGAAACAGAUACUCUUGUCCAUAGAUCAGGAGAAGGAACUGAGAUCUCCAAGCCCGGGUGCAAUGCCCAUAGACCUCAAGGCACAGAAGAACAAUCACACCAUAACCCUCUAAUCAUGAGAAGAAGAGUACGUUCUUUUAUCUCUCCAAUUCCCAGCAAAAGGCAGCCUGGUGAUGACAAAGGGCGCCUGCCUGUUUCUAAUGUAAAGGAAACUUCAGACAGGACAUCUGUGUCACAGGUAUUAACUUCUAGGAGCAAAGAAAGUGGCUUUUCCCCUGUGGCAGAUGAACCCCACAAAGGUGGCCCAGAACAGACAAGCCCAUCAGCUGUAUCCCUUUCUAGUCCAGCCAAGACAAAAAUCCUUCCUCCCCGCAAAGGGAGGGGUCUAAAACUGGAGGCAAUUGUACAGAAAAUCACUUCACCUAAUGUUCGUCGUAUUUCAGCCCCAAGUAGCUCAGAAAGCGCAGCUGAAGCUGUAACACUAGAUGAUAUUCUCUCUCUAAAAAUCAAGGGCCCAGAGAGUGGAAAAGGUUCCAUGCAAGAAGCAGAAUUGCCUGGGGUUGUUGGACCAGAUAUCUCCUGUAGUGAAGAGACAACUGCAAAAAGCCUGCCUCCCAAGUCACUUGAUGUAUGGGCACAUGAUGAAAAGAAAAUCAAAACUGAAAUGGAGGAGCAGUCUAUGGAAACUAAAGACUUUUCAAUGUCUGGGCUUCCAGCACAAGCGUCUAACCAUUAUAUGGAUGGAAAAGGUACAUCUACGGCCUUGGAACCAAAAUGUGUUUUACCCCAGGUGCAGCAGCAUGAAAAUGUAGAAAAGGAGAAACUUGCAGGAACACCUUGUAAUGUUACUCCAAAACAAGAAGUCAUACCUCAGAAGGGAUAUUUCCCCUCUGGAAAGAAGAAAGGACGUCCUGUUGGUAGUGUCAACAAACAAAAGAAACAGCAGCAACAGCCAUUGAUGCAAGAGCAAGGGCAUCAGCAGCCACCACCACCUGUUUCACCAGCCUCAGUCUCUGCUCUCCCACCACAGCAUUUGGAUGAGCAUUUGGAUAUCUCUGAGGCAGAGCCUAAACCUAAAAGGAGGAGGACAGAAAGAAGAAAGCCUACUGGAGCACCAAGAAGAAGAAGGGGAAAACAAGCUGCUCCUAUAGUUGCCCCUAUAGAGCCAGAAAUCAAACUUAAAUAUGCCAGCCAAAAUUUAGACAAGCCUGAGACCAAAACCAAGUCUUUUAUUCCUUAUAUACAUGUGGAAAAUAAAGAGGAGCUGGGAUUGUCUUGUGUCAUCAUCAAUGCUGAAGAGGAGGAACAACAUUGGAAGAAAUUAACAUCAGUUCGCAAAGGUCAGCGAUCUGCUUCUCCACAACCCAGCACAGACAGUAAAGCACUUCCUUCAUCUAGCUUUAUGGUACAAGGGCCAGUUGUCACAGAGUCUGCUACCAUGGGCCACCUUGUCUGUUGCCUUUGUGGUAAGUGGGCUAAUUACAGGAAUUUGGGAGAUUUGUUUGGCCCAUUCUACAACCAAGAAUAUGCAUCUACGCUUUCUAAGAAUCCCCCACCAAAAAAAUCAUCAGAGACUCCUCGAAAAGUUAAAGUUCGUCACAAAGACACCUCUGAUGGUUCUAAGUCUGACUCUGAUGAGGAAGAGGAAGAAGAACCACAGCAAGCACGAGAACAACGUAGUCUAACUGCUCAUCCUCGCUACAAACGUCGGAACCGUUCAGGAGAUUGUACCUCCUCCAGACUUACUGUACCUUCCCACAGGAAGACCACUGACCCUUCUGAACUAACUCCCAUGGACUCUAGUGGGCCAUCCACAGCUGAGGCAGGCCCUGAGCAAGGGGUUCAGAUCCCCCAACUACCUCUCGACAGCAAUGAAUUUUGGAUGCACGAGGGGUGUGUCUUAUGGGCCAAUGGUGUCUACUUUGUCUGUGGCCGAUUAUAUGGUCUUCGGGAGGCUGUUGACAUUGCACGAGAGAUGAAAUGUAGUCACUGCCAGGAGACUGGAGCCACAUUGGGCUGCUACAACAAGGGUUGUGCCUGCUGCUAUCACUUCCCAUGUGCCAUGGACUCAGAAUGUUUACUAAAUGAGGAGAACUUCUCUGUACGCUGCCCCAAGCACAAGACCAAGACAGUAAAGGGUGUUUCAUCAGAGCAGCCUGAGCAGGGCUGAGGGGGGAAAUAUGUCCUAGAGUUGGAAAUAAUAUUCAAGCACAGGUAAAGCUUUUUAGAUAAAGUGGAAUCAUCACACAGGAGUGAAGCGAAGCUCUCUUCUCCCUUCAUUGGGUGGACAUCGCCUUCUCUUGGGAUUCUUCCUACUUGGCUGCAAGCAUUUCCUCCAUGACUCAUGACAUCACCUCAGAAUUGUGACAUCAGGAAGUGACCUCACAGUCAAAAAAGAAAAAAAAAAUUGACAUCCUGAAAUGGAGGGUGGGGGUUGUUUAACAAAAGGCGGGGGGGAAGUAUUCAAGAAGAUAAAUAUAUAAAUAUAUAUAAAUAUAUUUUUAGUCUGGAAAGACUUUGAAAGGAAAGGCGCAAAAUCUUUUUAUGGUUGAGCUGAAAUUUCAUUUUAAUAACCCCAAAUAUGUAAAAAAAGAAAAAAAAAGACUUUUGAAACUGGUUUUAGAAAAACAUAAAUUUGUUCGCUCUUUGACCUUUUUUCCCUAUACUGUGCUGCUGUGUUCUCUGUCUGUAUGCGCUGCACUCGGUAAUACAGCCAUCGCAGUGACCGAAUAUGCCCAGGAGAAACCUAGAGAAGUUAGGGCAGGCUGUGUAGAGUCAGAGGCAUCAGUCUUACAUAGUGAUGAAAUAGUCUGGUCAGAAGCUCAUAAGCAGAUCUGUCUAGUACAGUCAACACACAUGCAUUUUUGUUUAUUCCCCCCCCCCCCCUUCGUUUAUCAGCUGUACCUUUUUUUUUUUUUUUUCUACGUUGGAAAAUGCUCAUCAGUUUUCUUUAAAAAAUGAAAGCUUAUUGUAAAAAAUAUGGUCAAGAGAACAUUUUCUUUGUUUUUAAAGCAAAAUAAACCUCUUAUGGACAGUAUAUAUAUAUAUAU